AUGAUGACGGAUGCACACCACACUUCCUCGUCGUCGUCGGCAUACGAUGAGCCGCAACAUCCCUCUUCGUCGUCUUCUGCGCAAAGCGGGAAUGGGGACAGGAACACCGAUGCUGGGUUUUUCGAGAGAGAGCGCAAUCGGUUGAUUCAAGAUAUUUCCAAGGGCGUAGAGUCGAUCCUCGGCAACAGUAACGCGGUGAACCGCAAGAUCGAAGAAUCUAUUUCAGUGGGAAAGGAGUUCCACCCCAUCUCAGAGCUGUGGUCCAAGUUCGAACGCAUCAUGCACGCCAGUGGCAUUCCCAACCUCCACCCGCAACCUGCUUUGUCCGCUGCUGUCUCCGCCCCCGCUAGUGCGGCUGCUGGUGCUGCUGCGAGUGGAGGAGCCAGUGGGAACGCGGGGAGUGUAGAGGACAAGGAGAAUCUAGCGGGGAUGGCGACACCGAAGCGCAAGUCGUCCGGCCAGGAAGCAACGGGGACGGCGGAGGAGGCGGAGGGUGAUGCCGGUCUGCGCUUCGAGCUUGCUUCAACGGCGCAGGGAUUGCCACCCGGUGUGGCGCCCGGUGGUGGCCGGAUCUACGCUGCGUGA